CCUUACCCCCAAUUCAUCAACCAAAAACAAUUCAAAAAACAUACUCUGUACAAUAUAAGUCCAAAAUCCAUAUCCAAAAAAAGUGUAAGAAAUUAAAAUGGGUGCAAGAUUGUCUACAAUCCCAGAGAACAGAGGGCCUUUGGUGAGUGCCACCGCAGGGCCGGGUUCAUACCCAUCGGGGUAUAAUAAACCCGCCGCCAGCCGUGACCGGUACAACUGGUCUAACAGCUUUCCAGCUGAGAAUAAGGCACCUGCUGCUCCUGUUUGUGCUGCAUUCCCCUUUCCCCCUGCUAAUUCUAACCCCUCUAAUAAUUAUCCUGCUGCCACCACUACUAAGUCAUCAUCUGUUGCCGCUGGCUGCGGUGGUGAUGUUGCUGGUGGCGGCCGCGGUGGUGCUUUUCCUGUUAAUGUUAAACCCGCCAAUACUAAGGAAGUUAUUGUCUUCCAUUCCUCAACCAAGUGGAAGGAAUACUUUGAAGCCUCAAAGCAAUCCAACAAACUGGUGGUAAUAUAUUUUACGGCGACAUGGUGUGGGCCGUGUCGUUACAUGGAGCCAAGCAUCAAAGAAAUAGCGGCUAAACACACUGAUAUCGACCUGGUCAAGAUUGACGUGGACGAGUUAUUUAAUGUGUCGCGGGAGUAUGGAGUACAAGCAAUGCCUACAUUCUUGUUCAUGAAGAAGGGAAAGCAAAUUGACAAGGUUGUUGGAGCAAGAAAGGAAGAGCUUCAAAGGAAGGUUGAGAAGCACAAGGCUUAAUUCACUUGUAGUACGUGCUAGCGUGUUUUUAGACUAGUAUUAAGGCUUUUUAGUUAAGUUUAGUAUCUAAAUAAUUAUGUACGCAGUAUGCGUGAUUAACGGAACGGGUGUACGUUUUCAUUACCAUAAUAUAUAUGUACUUGCAUCAAUUGCCGGUGUACGUAGCUUAAUUAUUAGCUUGAAGUCUUGAACGUAGGUCACGUCUCCUUACCGAGAACUCGAAAAUUAAGUACACCUUGUAAACUUCCGAUUUUAUAAUAUACGUAAUAUAGUACUUUGUGAGCAUAUA